GUUGACAGAUUUGUACAUUUUAUACAAUUUUCACUAAACCAUCGGAAAUUUUUCUCAAAUAUGUUUUAAAAAACAGAAAGAAAAACAAAACAAAAGAUAAAAAAGAUUACUUUACAAAUAUUUUUAUUUUUCCGAUGCAUAGACAAUGAAAGAUACAGGAAUGGAGCUACAGAAAACAACAAGCAAAACCAGUCUCCUUAAUUUAAUGGUUCUGAAGGCUUGGCGUGAACGCUGGUCUGAUUCUCAAUGGGGCAUCAACAUAAAAACCGUACUUCCAAGGGGAGUUAGUGGUGAUGUUUAUAAUUUGGCCGAUUGCAUUCUGCAGCAGGCAGUCAUCGGAUCAAACGCAAAUCCGUUGGUUUUGUCAUAUUUGAAACAUUCUCUGUGUGCCCAUUUGGUGUCACAUGCUGCAGUUCUGAAGCGCAUAUCAAAGUAUGAACAUUUUAGCAAGGUCUACUGUGUCACAUCCCUCUUGGAGUUUCUUCAGUCGGUGAUAUCUGGAGUAACUUGUCGGAGCAAACCAGAAGAAGUAAUGCUACCAGGAUCGGUAGUGUCUUUAGUCUAUUGGUUGAUGCAGAUUUUCGCUACAUGCACAGAACAGUUUGCAGUUGGCGGAAAACUAUCCCCAGAACACCAAGUUCUAAUCGAUAAUACCACCGAAGUCAUAGAGAACAUAAUCAGCAAUGACUUCCUUAUGGGAAUUCUUUAUAUCGGCAAACAAGAGGAUCCGGAUUUCUUUGGCAAAAUUCGUGAAAAAUACUCAGACAUCAAAAGCUCUCUAAUCAGCUCCGGCUAUAAGCCAAACAACACUAGCAUAGAAAAGAAACUUCAUCGCCUGGCUUAUGUGGAUGUUGUGCAAUUGCAUAUUUCGCGAAUAGAAUCAGAGCAAGUCGAACCCAUUUCGUAUUGUGUCCAACCUCUGUUGGCUGUUGAGGUCCUCCUCAAUCCCAGCAGUGAUACACAAUUUUACGUAUCAGAGUUAUUGAUGAUUCAGCGUCUUAAAAACUAUUCUAUGGUGCGUUUGUUCUAUGAAAUUAUUCGAGCUGGAUUUAUAUCGUUGAGCAAUGUUAUUGAGACGAGUCAUGAUACUAUGUGGGGAGCGUUUACAUUUUUCAAGGUGCCUCUAAUCAUAAAACAGUUGAAUGCAUUGUCACAUCAUAAAACAAACGAAGUUGAUCACAUUCCAGAGGUGGUCGAAGCUUUAGAUAUACUUUUAGAAGAUACCUUGAUUCUGGACUUUAUGGACACAAAGUGCUCAUGCAAUAUGAUUGAAUAUCUCUUGAACGACUGGAAAAAACAACAAUUAGUCAAUGAUGUCCACAUCAAGAGAUUUUCAUCGCUUAGGGAACCGAUUUCAACACUUUUACAAAAGCGUGAAGUGGCCAAUCAAGCGCCAUCAAUUAUAAAUUUUAUAAUUAGGGCUGAAGUUCCCCUAUCUGGAGUUUUGAAAACAUUAAGUGCAGACUAUAAUAAAGUCCAAGAGGCUCUUUUAGGAGUUUUAUGUCAAGUAUUGGUUGGUAAUAGUUUUGAUCUGAUACUGUCAGUUGCCACAGUAGAAGGACGAUUAAAGACUUUCGUCUCGAGACUUAUACAAUGUAAUGAAACGUCGAAACAAGUUCCAGGUGAAGUUGGCAAAACUUCUGUCACAAGAUCAACUUUAUUCGAUGUAUCAUUCUUAAUGCUAACAUUCAUUGUUCAAAAAUAUGGUUCCGAUGUUGUUCUAUCGGAAAAUGGAGAUUCUUUCUUUGAGAAAUGGGUGCGUGAAUGUAUGGUGGAGAGGAACAAACCCAAAUCGCCUAGGAACAUGGUUGCAUUGUGCGAUGAAAAUAAAGUCGAUGAAUUGUUAUUGAGUCUAAGUAAGCCAGAGGCACAACUUAAGAACAGUAAUUUGACUUGGCAGGAUAUAUGUAUGAACAUACCGGGAGUUCUGUAUCAAGUUUUAGUUGCUUGGGAAAAUGAGACCCUAUCCUCGACAGACGUAAAAGGAAUCUUAGAUAGCAUCAAAUGUCGACUGUUUUCUUUUUCAGUUUGUGCUGCAUCGUUUUUGUGUGCUUAUAUGCAAACUGUGCGAGAAGAUGAAUUCCUUAAACCCCUUAAUAUGGUGCAACAAUUUUUGUCCACUCUAAGCCCGGAAGAAAUGUCAUCGCAAGAUAACACCAAGGAAAGACUGGGAUUAUCCUUCCAGAUAAUAAGAAAGAUGCAGCAUGACAUUCAUCCUUCGGGAAAUCCAAAAAUGCGUAGCUUAACUGUGACUCAAAACCUAGUAUCACACACACCACUUAUUGAGCAGUUUAAGGAUGUCUGGAGGAGUGUAUCUCAGCACGGCUGGGUGCCAGUUAAAGCUGCACAAAUUUUGGAGAGCCUUUUACAAGCGGGAGGUCCAGUAUGGUUUGUAACACAGCUCGUGGAAGAAAUUUUAAAGUGCAAAUACACAAAAGAUAUGAUGAAGACCAUGGACAUUGUAUUUGCUGUAAUGCAUUUGGAUAUUGAAAGAAACACGGUAGCAAUUUUAGAACGCAUUGUUCCACUUAUCCUGUUCAAUAAAUCUGGAAGUGAAGACAUAACGGAGUCGCAAUCGUUUAUUUUGGCGAGAUUGUGUGUGUAUUGCAUUAUUUCGAAUCUAGAGACAAGAACUGCACCUUUGAAGAAACGUUCUCGAUCGGAAGAUAUAGACGAAACUGAUUUGGGGAACGCAGCAAAAAUACGCAAGCUAACAAAUCCGGAAAGUUCAGACAAUUCGAGCUCGAGUGAUUUUGCAAUGGAAACUCAUCAGAGUAGCAAAGAGCCACCUUCCAUUAUCCGAGAUCCUUUGCAGAGUAGUUUGCAAGGAAUGUUCAAAGUAUUUGCUCAAUUUGUAGCCACCGAUGAGCUAUCGCCGAGGGUUUAUUUCAUAUUUCAAUUUAUUUCGCUUCUUGUCGAGUGCGGGAAAGAUCGUGUGAAACCUGUUCUUAAGUUGCUGCCAAAUAAUUUGGUACAAAACUUAUUAAAAGUUAUGGUGACGGAUGAAAUAACAGUUGGACUUAUUUGCCGAAUCUACGAUCUUAGAAUAAAUACUGGAAGACAAUCAGCAGUUUCGGACUUGUGUUUAUGGAGGAAUAUUAAUUUAAGAAAGUUAAGCAUUCAACUGUAGAAAAUAAAUAAACUGAGUAUUUAAAAUUAA